AGCGCGGCGGUCGCGGGGGCGGAGCGGGGCGGGGGGUCCCAGCAUUCUCGCCCGCGGAAAGGUGCCCGCUUCCCAUUCCCCGAGGGCUCCGUGCCCACGGCGCUCUUCGCCCGCUCUCUUUGGCUGUUUCGCUCGUGUUUCCGAACCUGCUCCCCGUCCCGCGGCGCGCAGUGGCGUGCCGGGCGGCGCGACUUGUCGGGGUGCUCUCCGGCGAAGGACUCCUCCGGGAUGGGCUCGAAUGAGUUCGAGGCUUCGGGUCAGGCUGCUAUUCCUGCUGGCCUGGAAUAAAUGAUGGGCACUUGUUUGAUUAAGGAACACUAACAGGACUUACUCAGGGGCUGCCCUCAUGUUUGUCUUUUUUUCCUUUUGUUUUUUUUUCCUUUCGUCGCCCCUUCCACCCCGAAAUCUCUUUGGAUUUAUUUAUACCAAAUUAAGGCAGUGGAAAAAGUCCUAGAUAAAAAAUGGUUGCCACCUCUCUCUCCUGACUUCUUCAGUCCUUCGGACGAAGAGCCUGCUCAAGUCCGAUGGGAGCAGUGUCGGUGUAUCCAUGAUGUUUACAAAGGAGUAAAUAUCAGUAUGACUAGAGUCUGAGGAGGGGCUUCUGUGUUCCUACCAAAAGCUUGCUGGUGCAGAGGAACAGUGCAAGGAGAGCAGCAGGGGCAUUUUGAGCUACCAUGGAUAUCCCCACCGAUUUGGUGCCAUCGUCCAUGAUGUCCCAACCUGAGGUGAUUGAGUCCACAGCCAUGAGUGAACCACAGUGCUACUACAAUGAAACCAUUGCCUUCUUUUAUAACCGAAGUGGAAAAUAUCUAGCCACUGAAUGGAACACUGUCAGCAAGCUUGUAAUGGGACUGGGGAUUACCGUCUGCAUCUUCAUAAUGCUGGCCAACCUCUUGGUUAUGGUGGCUAUUUAUGUCAAUCGCCGAUUCCACUUUCCUAUUUAUUACUUAAUGGCCAACUUAGCUGCUGCGGACUUUUUUGCAGGGCUGGCCUACUUUUACUUAAUGUUCAACACAGGACCCAACACUAGAAGACUGACUGUAAGCACCUGGCUUCUCCGUCAGGGUCUCAUUGAUACCAGUCUGACAGCCUCUGUAGCCAACUUGUUGGCCAUUGCCAUUGAACGGCACAUUACAGUUUUCCGAAUGCAGCUGCACACUCGGAUGAGCAACCGCCGGGUGGUCGUUGUCAUUGUUGUUAUCUGGACUAUGGCCAUCGUCAUGGGGGCCAUCCCGAGUGUCGGAUGGAACUGCAUUUGUGAUAUCACCCACUGCUCCAACAUGGCACCGCUCUAUAGUGACUCCUACCUGGUCUUCUGGGCUAUUUUCAACCUGGUCACUUUUGUGGUCAUGGUGGUCCUAUAUGCUCACAUCUUUGGGUACGUUCGCCAAAGGACUAUGAGAAUGUCCAGGCACAGUUCUGGACCCCGCAGGAAUCGGGACACCAUGAUGAGCCUCCUGAAGACUGUGGUCAUUGUGCUUGGUGCUUUCAUAAUCUGCUGGACCCCAGGAUUAGUCUUGCUGCUCCUUGACGUUUGCUGUCCCCAGUGCAAUGUCCUGGCCUAUGAAAAAUUCUUCCUGCUCCUGGCAGAGUUCAACUCUGCCAUGAACCCCAUCAUCUACUCCUACCGGGACAAGGAGAUGAGCGCGACGUUCAAGCAGAUCCUGUGCUGCCAGCGCAGUGAGAGCACCAACGGCCCCACCGAAGGCUCAGACCGCUCGGCCUCCUCCCUGAACCACACCAUCCUGGCUGGUGUCCACAGCAACGACCACUCCGUGGUGUGACACUAGGGCCAGCCCCUGGCCCACACAGAGCAGCAGGCGUGGCCCCGGGGAAGGUAACCCACUCACGUUUUCUCAAACACUAAUGGACUACAAGUGCAUCUUUUCCAGGGGGCCUGGCAUACCGGCACAGACUGCCCUGUCCACAGGAUUGGCCAUGCUGCUAAGCCUUUGAUUUCUGCUUUGAAAAAGUAGAAAGUAGUUGCUUUGCAGAAGAGGCCAUCAGUCACCCACAGAAAGCCUUGCUGAGACUUUGUUGGACUUUGCUGCAUCUUGGUGCCAGUCUGAAUCAACUCUGAUUAAUUAAGCUUAUACCUGCUUCACUACAUUUACAUGUAGCCACUUAGUAUUUUUAAAAAGGGAGUAAAGGGGAUAAAAAUAUGCCUAUCAUUUAAUAGACAUGUAAUAUGUAUCACCAUCAGCAUGCUUGUGAUGAACAUUUUCUGUGCAGGGAGUAAAACUGUGCUCUAGUCUUUGUAUCCUUAGCCACAUUGUCAUAACUACAGUAAAAAGAAAAGUAUUUUUUUCUAACACAGACAACAGGAAGAUGAGGGAAACUGACUCUUCUUACCUUCAUUACUGGUGUUAGAGAAUGCAUGUUCUGUGUGUAUGCAGAUUGUUUUAAUUAUGAAAAAAAAAUCUCUUUGUAAAGUCUGCCGGAAAGUAGAAAAACAUAGACUGUAUUCCAGUGUUUGUUUAGAUUAUGAAAUAAACAGUACUUUAGUCACAA